CGUCCGGAUUAUCUCCAGCGAUAAUUAAUUAAUUAUUGAACGGAUGUGAAGCGAUCGACAGAUUGAGGCGCGCGGCCGUUGAGCGCAAACGGUUAAUUCUGCUUUAUAACAUUAUUAAAUGUGUCUGUCACUUUAAAUAUUUUCAAAAAUAAAUUUUCGGUGUAAAUGAAUUUAAUUUUUUCCUUCUAGAUUCGUUUUUUUUUUUUUUUUUUUGCCGAUGCACUUAAUACUUUUCUUCUCUAAUGGAGGGAUAUAAUGUGUUUGUUUUACUUUAUCUAAAUGACUCUAACGCUUUUAGAAGAGACCCGCCGCGUAAAUCUAAUUACCAGCUGCAAUUAAUUAAGAAGAAUAGCCCCGGGAGUGUCAAUAAAGUGUAACUGAAAUUAAAAUGCGUCUUAAGUUGAAUUGUUCCUCGUUAAGCUGCUCUUCGCAUGUGAAUGAGAGACUCUUUACGCAGAAGUGCGUCACUGUUGUUCAUUGUUAUCAGCACUAUUUAUCUUGUCCACGGUGGUCUUUGUCUUCGCAAAUGACCCCCAGUGAUGCGGAGACAAUUAGCUUGUCCUCGAAUGUUUUGGCUACUUUGCGCCUUGUUGCGUCUCAAUACGCGUCUCUCCAAAUGACCGCUGCGUUUUGUUCUCGGAGACUCGAACCCGCCCCCUCAGACAACGGAUAGUUUCCAUGUCAGCAGAUAACCAGCUCGACCAGUCGUCUGCUUCUCGCGCAGGAGGACAGACGCAUUCCUUCACCAGCACGUCAACAUGAUGUCGUACCUGAAGCAGCCGCCGUACGCGCUCCCCGGACUGAGUCUGAGCUCGGGAAUGGACCUGCUGCACCCGUCCGCGGGUUACCCGGCGAGCGGCCGUAAACAGAGACGGGAACGGACCACCUUCACUCGCGCGCAGCUGGAUGUUCUGGAGACUCUGUUCGCCAAGACGCGCUAUCCGGACAUCUUCAUGCGGGAAGAAGUGGCCUUAAAAAUCAACCUGCCCGAGUCCAGAGUACAGGUUUGGUUCAAAAACCGCAGAGCAAAGUGUCGUCAACAGCAGAGCUCUGUGCAGAAGACCACAGCAGUGAAGAAGAAGAGCUCUCCAGUCAGAGAGAUCACUGCUGACAGCAACCCGUACUCCAGCCCGUCCAGCACGUCCUUACCGGCCACGUCCUCCGCCCCGGUGUCCAUCUGGAGUCCGGCCUCCAUCUCCCCCGAGCCUCCUUCCACCUCCCCAUCCUCCUGCAUGCAGAGGUCGUUUCCCAUCACAUACACGCAGGCGUCUGGAUACAGUCCGGGUUUCACUGGCACGCCGUCUUAUUUCAGCGGAAUGGACUGCGGUUCUUAUCUUGGCUCCGUGCAUCACCAUCAGCUGACCGGAGCCGGUUCGGCACAGGGUUACGGCUUCAGCGCCGCCUCAGACUGCCUGGACUACAAAGAGCAAGGCGCCUCAUGGAAGCUGAACUUCAACUCAGACUGCUUGGAUUACAAAGAUCAGAUGUCGUCGUGGAAGUUUCAGGUUUUGUAAAAGCACAGGGAACGUCUUGGAAUAUCUUCAGCCUGAUGGAACGAAAUACUCGGAUCUAUAGGAAGCAGAAAUUAUGUGCUACAUCAUUUUGACUAAAUUAUUAUUAAAAAGAUUGAACAAUGCAACCAAGAAAAAAACAAAAAGAUCAAGAGAAGCAAAUGUUUGGUCAAGCGAGCCAGAUCUCGUUAAGCCUCUUAAGAUGUCCUGCUUUGAUCAAGCCAGAGUUUCUCAAAUGCACUAUGUUUUUUUUUUUAAAUGAGUAGCUUUGUUCUGUAAGAGACAAUCAGUAUGUUUGUGUGUUUUCUUGUAUUUUUAGACUGCGUUCUGUUGUAGCUUUAUAUUAUGUUCUUGUCAUUGAAAAGUGUACUGUGACUUUCUUAUUUGUAUGUUCAGUUGGUAACAAUAAAUUAUUACUUUUGUAAAGCCAGAGGGAUUUUUUUUUUUUUAAAUGUUAGACCUAUUAUAUUAAAAUGUUCAUAUUUGACGGAAAAUUGCG